AUGGCUGGUUACAUAAUAAGAAUUAAGGCGCCACUGCAUGGCUAUGCAACUUGGGCUAAUGGGCGUCUUAUAACCCUAUUUUCUGCUCCAGCUUACAGAGGAAGUUCAGAAGAUACGGCGAACUUAGGAGCAUGUAUAGAUGCUCCAGAUAGUGGAAGGCUCGUAAUCAAGCAGCUCAAAGUCAGUGAAACUGUCCGCAAAAAGCGCGAGGAUGAUGCGUACACUCGUCAGAUUGCUUUGAAUGAUAUCACGGAUUAUGGACUACACGGUGUAUCGCUUUCACAACCACCAAUUUAUCAUUAA